UUUAGUUGGUGUUCUUCAUCUCAAUGUUAUUAUUUGCAAACAACAAGCUACAUUUAUCAUUUAGUCACAAGCUUCUACUACAAUAUAAAUCUUAAAAUGAAUGCAAGUUUAUCUACAAUAUAACAUCAUCAUAAAAGACACCAGAAAAGAAUUUGGUAAAAUCAUGCAUUUAAUUACAAAAGAAUAACUGUUAGUCAAUGCAAGUUUUCUCAUGUUUAGAUACCGUUAUGCAAGCCGUUAACUUUUAUACAGACUUUGUUUUAUUUGAAAUAUAGAUGUUUCCUGAACAUCCUGAUUCCUAUAGUUGUAACACUGUAAAUAGUAAUGAUGGCUGGAGAAGUGCUACACCUCAGGAAACCAAACCUUUCUGUAUGGAAUACAACAAAUCUCCUGUAGAAGUCAGUGUUAAUACGUACCCAGUAGCCACUAUAGAAGUAGACCAAGUCCCAAGUAUCUUCAAUAUAUCACCAUGUGCUCCAGUUUACAAAGAUUAUUCUGUACUAAAGGAGAAAUCGCCCCAAGAUAUCGCUGAUGCUUUGCUGUCUCUAAAACACACAGUUGUAUGCCCUUCAUACUCGGGACGAAUGUCACCUUCUGUGCAUAUUAAUCAAUGUUCACCAACACCAAACAGUUUUCAGCAUCCACAACAUGUUUCAUAUAUGAGCCCUGGUAAUCAGUAUCGUCAAAACAUGUACUCGCCACCACCAGCUCAAUACGGUGUGUUUCAAUAUCCAGGAGAAAGUUUUCAAAAUCAGGCCAAUGUAUUUCCAUCAAUGAGUGUUAAUGUUUCUAUGAGUAUGAAUGUUGGAGUUCCCCACGGGAUACCAAAUAACCAAUACAAUGUACAACAACAGUGGCAAGGCAAUCAACAGACAUCUCCUGGUAAAUAUGUUCCUCAAUAUCAGCAGCCUCAAUACAGUAUGGGUCCAGUGUCUCCUCAAUACAACAGUUUACAAAAUCAUUCAUAUCCUCAGCCGUAUUCAUUUACUUCAGAAGUGAGACAUAUUCCAAGUUCAGACUCAAAAAACUUCCUUUAUCGAUCAGGUGAUUCAUGCAAAGCAUCACGAUUUUGUGCCGUGUCUCACUGGAAGAGGUUGAAAUUAACCAGCAGCCAUCUUAGUGCAGUGAAUUUACAAGCGGAUUCAAAUAAAGUUAAUUUGUGUAGAAUUUGCGGGAAGACUUAUGCCAGACCAAGUACUUUGAAAACACAUCUACGAACUCACUCUGGGGAGAAACCUUAUAAAUGUUCAACUUGCAGCAAGUCAUUUUCACAAGCUGCUAACCUAACAGCGCAUGUACGAACACAUAGCGGAGAAAAACCUUUCAGGUGUCCAAUGUGUGAUCGGAGAUUUUCCCAGAGUUCAUCCGUAACAACACACAUGCGUACUCAUUCUGGUGAACGACCGUACCGAUGUCGCUUGUGUAAGAAAGCAUUUUCUGACAGCUCAACGUUAACAAAGCAUUUAAGAAUUCAUAGCGGAGAAAAACCAUACCAGUGUAAACUUUGCCUGUUAAGAUUUUCACAAUCUGGUAAUCUGAAUCGUCAUAUGAGAGUGCACGCUAAUUCAUCGUAAUCUAGCAACGGUAACCUUGAUUACUAUACAGGAAUAUGUUUUACUUCAUCGAA